AUGAAGACUCGGAAACCUCAAGAUCGUAACUGUCAUUCCACCAGGAGAGUCACCGCUGGCAUGCUACUCUCCUUCCUCGCCCUUGCUCCCCAUGCUGCUGCCUCACUUGCCCCCGCCAUCGAUCCUUGGUACCCUCUGCCUCUGCCAGAUCGACCCAAUUCUCAUGACUUUACCCUUCGACAUAUCUUCCAUCGAGGUACCUAUCAGGACCCGCAUCUACACAAACGCCUCGACCUUCGCCCUAAUAAACCCCUCCUCGUGGCUUCCGAAGAUGACUCCGAGACUUUUCUUCAACAACCACCACACUUCUCUGCCAGAUCGGCCUCUCAUCAAAUAGAGCGUCUUGUCGACAGAGAUCCUUUGGUCAUCGACUCACAUCUCCAACAUGCCCGCUAUUUUGGAAGGCCUGCCAUCCUUGAUACAUCGGCCUGGACCCUCGACGAAGUCCAUGGCCCAAACGUAACAGACAAAGAGACCGUCAUCAAUCUAGCCAUCAUGGCUGCAAACGCCUACAACGAAGUGCCCGGUGAAGGUGACUGGGAAGAUGUUACGCAAGGCUACAACAAAACCGCAAGCUUUGGCUGGCAGGGCGACGGCCUCCGCGGCCACAUUUUUGCCGAUCAAGGUAACAACACCAUCAUCAUAAGCCUCAAAGGAACCUCGCCCGCCGUUUUCGAUGGCGACGGGACCACCACGCAGGAUAAAUUGAACGAUAAUCUUUUCUUCAGUUGCUGUUGUGCUCAAGGAGGCCAGUACUUCUGGAGGCAGGUCUGUGACUGUUAUUCCAGCACCUUCAGCUGCAAUCAGACUUGUCUUGUCCAAGCUCUGAAGAACGAAAAUAGAUAUUACAGAGCAGCUGUUGAUCUCUAUACGAAUGUCACCGAGAUCUACACCGAUUCCAACGUUUGGUUGGUGGGCCAUUCGCUCGGUGGUGCCGUCACCAGUUUACUCGGUCUAACUUUUGGCUUGCCGACUGUCACUUUCGAGGCUCCGGGUGAAGAUUUGGCCGCCAAACGCCUCGGUCUUCCUUCACCACCAUCGUCGGACCCCCAGAGAGCACGCACCAAAUAUACAGGAACCUACCAUUUUGGAAAUACAGCCGAUCCUGUUUUCAUGGGUACCUGCAAUGGUGCUACAGCCACUUGUACCUUGGGCGGCUACGCCAUGGAGUCUCAAUGUCAUACAGGUAUGCAGUGUGUCUACGACACCGUAACCGAUUAUGGUUGGCGUGUUGGCAUCGGCAAUCACAAAAUUCGUGGGGUCAUUGAUAGCGUCAUCAGAAAAUACAAAGACGUCCCCAAGUGUGUCCCCGAUGAUGAAUGUGUCGAUUGUUUCAACUGGAAGUAUUUCGAAAGCAAUGGUUCCGACUCGACCACAACCACCACAACCACCACUUCCUCCUCCACUCGUACAAGGACUACCACUUGCAAAACUCCUGGUUGGUGGGGAUGUCUGGAUGAGACGACAACCACGACUUCGUCCUCCAUCCCCGUCAUUACCACAACCUAUACCACAACAAGCUGUGCUACACCCGGAUGGUUUGGUUGUAACAAAGAAGUGAAUGUUACCAUUACCACAACCACACUGGCCCCCACUGUAUCUCUGCCAACAACCUCCAAUUCUCCAUCACAUUCUCGACAUACUUCUUCGACCACCUGCAAACAGCCAGGAUGGUGGGGAUGCCACGACCCAACCACUACCACAGAUAAAGCUUCACCAGCGCCGACUCAGAGCCAAACCAAAGCUACCAAAACUGAUACCUGCGAAACCCCCGGCUUCUUCUUUGGUUGCCAUGAUCGACAUUCACAUACGAGCACCUCGAUGGAAUCGUCCACAUCAGAGACCAUAACACAGGCCCCUAGCCGGAGUGUUAGUAGUGCAACACCUAGCAGUACAAAGUCACAUCGUGAAGGGAAAAGGAGGAGGAAGUGCAAGCAUCGUGCAUUCUUUGGCUUGAUCUGCCUUGACGAGGCGGAGUAUGACGACUAUGAACCGGAGAUAUGA